CGGAGCAGGAGGGGUUGGCAAAGGACCGCAGUGGGUGCUUGCAGGCAGGUGCUGUCUCAGUACAGGCGGGAAGGGGAGUCUAUCCAGGUUCUGCGAGCCUCCAGCCUGCUGCUGUCGGGAGAUGUCGGGGGUUCCCGGUUGGAGCCUCUUCUCACGGUAGAAAGAUGCGCUCGCUGUUCCCGCUUUCAAAGUAGCUUCCUCUUUAUUUCAAGAUGUCUCAAUGGAAAAACCAUGUGCUCCUUCAGUUGGGUACCUUUGCACUUUGGAUUGUGUUCUUUGUUUUCAUGCCAGAAGAUGUAUCUGCACAGGAUUCUUGUCCAGAAGUCACACAAUGGCUCUUGAAAGAUGGCUUUCACAGAGAUCUCCUGAGUAGGGUAAAACUCGGUACAGUUGAUGAAGGCACAGGAAGCUGCAUGGUGGCAAUUAAAAUUCACCUUCCAAAAGGAUUAUAUGUGGACCCCUAUGAACUGAUGUCUUUAAAUAGACAUAAUAUUACUGAGGCUUUGGAGAUUGGUGAUUAUAUAGAUUUGGAAGUUCCUGAGUAUUUAGCCACUGAAACUGAUGUUCUCGUUUACAUGAAGCCUGAUCCUGAAUGCUAUUACUGUUUUAGAGCAAUGUUACCCGUGCACUGCCGAUAUCACCAACCAGCAGAGGUUGAUGGAAAAAUCUCUGCCAUACUGAAGAAUCCAGAAAUAUUGGUCCACUGCCAGAAACGCUUGCUAUCAAUGGAAUGUUUGAAAGAAACCAAAAUAGAAGAACCAUGUUCUCGCAAGAAUAUGCAUAACUGCCAUUGGGACAGCGUGAAGUUCCAACUAGUAAACCAGGAACUGGAAUUGCAAAUACCAGUUGGGCUCAAACAUCAUGUUACCUUAGUAUGCACAGGGACUCUUGUUACUACUAUAUUGUGCUCCAGCCUUAUUCUUUCAUCUUUAUUAAAGCAUGGAGAGUUCUUGUUUGUUCAGAGCUCACUGUGAAAUGAAACAAGACUUUAUUGAAUCUUCAUGGAAAAACUGUCAAACUGUCUAAACAGACCAAUCAAACAAGAUAUGGGAAGUGAAGAACAGUCUUGUGAUUGGCACAGCAUCACUAUUUGUUCUGUACUUUGAUUCUGUUAGAGAAAUCUGUUCCCCU